AUGGGCACCGGUCAGAUGAAAAGACGAAGCAGCCUAAGGAGCUUGCAGGAAAUGACCAGAGAAACGGCGUCCUGCACUGUGUGCAAAUAUUCGAUCGGCGCUAAGGAGUGCAAGACCGACAGGUUCUGUGACUUCAAUGUCUUAAUCGAUGUGUUUGGAUGUAUGACGACGAAUAACACGCUCGAAGUGAUUGUGGGCAACAACCAAUUGUACUGA